AUGAAUUACGGGUCCCUGGCCUUCACUCCAAGAUCUGUACAGGCUGGAUACGACACGGUCAAUUCCUCUCACCACUUUACCAUCCCAGGAUCAUUCUCUGUAAAUGCAACCGGUCCCAACUCUGUUUUAAGUCUUAAUAGCAACGUUAACGUACCUGGCCGCUGGGCUUUCCGUGUAGAUCAAGGGUCAACAGGCUGCACUUUCAAUGGUCAACCUGUUCAAAUUGGUGACUCUUUCUGGAGUGACAGCACUUGUGCACAGAAGUGUACCUGCACCAAAGCAGGGCUGCAGUGCUCCAAUGACCCCUGCUCCUAUUCCCAAAUUUGUCGGCCGGCUUCCUUUGAGUACUCCUGCCAGAGAGUGCGAAGACGUACCUGCACCAUCAGCGGCGAUCCACAUUACUACACCUUUGACAACGCGGUGUUUCACUUUCAGGGAACAUGUACUUAUGUUCUGUCAGAACAGUGUCAGAAUGAGCUGCCCUACUAUAGAGUGGAGUCAAAAAACGAGCAUCGUGGCAGCACUCGAGUUUCUUGGACACGACUGGUCAAAGUCUUUGUCUAUAAUGAAACUAUUGAACUUGUUAAAGGCCGUCGGGGUCAGGCUAAGGUUAAUGGAAACUAUCUCACAGCUCCCUUUUCCCUUAGAAAUGGCACUAUCAAGGUUUAUCAAUCAGGUUUUUCUCUGACCGUCAGCACUGACUUUGGUGUGAUGGCGUCAUAUGACAUGAAUCACUAUGUCCGCAUCAGUGUGCCCUACACGUACCAGAAUAACACCUGUGGGCUAUGCGGAAACUUCAACGAUAACCCUGAAGAUGACUUUCGAACCCGUGAAGGUGAAGUAGUGAGCUCUGAUGUGGUUUUUGCAAACAGCUGGAAGGCACCAGGGGAUGAUGAGCCCAGCUGUGAUCCACAAUGUGAAGGAUUGGCCUGUGCAACCUGUCCAGCAGAUCAGUCAGCAUUGUACAGAAAUUCUGCUAUGUGUGGCAUGCUUGAGGACAGUUUAGGACCGUUUGCUGCCUGCCAUCAACAACUCCCUCCAAGAUCCUUUGUGGAAAGCUGUGUGUAUGAUCUGUGUGUCAGCGGAGGGUAUCAACCCAUUCUGUGCCAAGCGCUUGGCGUCUACUCAAGUCUAUGCCAAGAAAAUGGUAUCCAGCCACAAAACUGGCGGAGUACUGACUUCUGUGAAAUCCCUUGCCCAGCUAAUAGCCACUUUGAGCCCCAAGGUACAGGAUGUCCAGCCUAAUGCGCCAACCCUAAUUCCGCACACAACUGCCCCCUCCCCAAUCAGUAGAGCUGUGUCUUUUAUCUUAUGUCCAUCAGAAAAAAGAUGGUCGGCCUUUGUGGAAACUUCAAUGGAGAUCAAAAUGAUGACUUCCACUCCCCUAGUGGAGCACUGGUCAACACUCCAGAUACUUUUGGGGCAGCCUGGAAGUUUCCUGGGAACUACACCUGCAGUGAUGGCUGUGGCUCCUCAUGCCCUCAAUGUAAUGAUGACCAAUCUGCCAGGUCCCAAUGUGAGAUGAUUCAGGCAGCUGACAGCCCCUUCAGCUUCUGCCACGAGGUGGUGGAUCCGUCACCAUAUUUCAAAGACUGUGUCUUUGAUGUCUGUGUGUCGGGAAAUCGGGGCAGUGAUCUUCUGUGUAGUGCUCUUGAAGCAUAUGUGAGUGCCUGUCAGUCUGCUAAUGUCCGAGUCUAUCCUUGGAGACAAAACACCACCUGCAAAAUUGAGUGCCCAGCCAACAGUCAUUAUGAGCUGUGCGGAACAGAUUGCGGCCACACCUGUGCCAGCAGCAUUGAUGCCACCUGUGACCAUGUUUGCUCUGAGGGAUGUUUCUGUGAUGAUGGUUUUUCCAGGAGUGGAAGCAGCUGUGUCCCUGUGGAAAGCUGUGGCUGCCAGUAUGAAGGCCUCUACUUCAAUGUGAACCACAAUGGAUAUCUGACCUUUGAUGCAGAAUGGUCCAGCUAUUCUCCUCGACAGUUUCCAAUGAAUGGAAGCAGAGACGUCAUUGCUCCAUUCUGGACCGAUUUAGACAACAGAGGAAGUGGCAACAUCUACUAUGAUCAGGAACUCUGCCGAGUCAUCACCAACACCAGCGGCCCAUUCAGUUCCUGUCAUCUCCACUCUGACCCGCAGCCAUUUUUCACAUCAUGUGUUUAUGAUCUCUGCCUCUACACACCAGCUAAUGACAUGCUGUGCUCAGCAGUCUCUGCUUAUGAGGAAACCUGCAACAUUCUGGGUUUAAACAUUACUGACUGGCGUUCUCCUUUGAACUGUGCUGAGACAGACCCGUGUGAACAGCUGGACUGUACAGAGUACGAGUGGUGUGGAAAGAAAGAUGGUGUUUACGGCUGCUUCUGCGAUGAGCACCAUCAUAGACCCUACAGUGAGAACUACGACUCGAGCAUCCAAUGUGCCAGCAGUUCAGGCACCAUGUCAAUAUCUCGCUGUCAGCUGUUUGAAGCUGGCUUCCAUCCCACUGCUCUCCACCUCCAAGAUGCCUCCUGCAAUGGGACUCUGCAGGACGGACGACUGAUCUUCCACUUUGACAAUGACAACCAUCUGUGUGGGACUGCUCUGAGGAGCAAUGGAACUCACUUCAUGUACGAGAACACCAUUCAGGGGAACGUGGAUCCUCAUGGAGGUCUAAUCAGCCGUCAGAGGAACCUUCAUCUGAAGUUCUGCUGCGUUUACCCUCUGGCUCAGGCACUGUCAAUGGCUGUAGGCAUCAACCCUGUGGAGAGCUUGUUGAUGAAGAAGCUUCCAAUUGGGAUUGGAUCAUAUCGUAUGAGAAUGAUCCCAUACGAGGAUGAAGACUUCCACUACCCACUUAGCACUAACAGAAACAUAGAGAUGGAAGUUAAUGUAAUGCUUUAUAUAGAAGUGAGAACAGAAGGAGUGGAUCAGCACCAGUUUGCCACAGUUCUGGACUCUUGCUGGGCCACACCAAUCAACCAAGCAAACUACCCUAUUCGCUGGGAUCUCAUUAUUUCACAGUGUCCUAAUCCAGAAGAUGGAACAGUAGAGGUGAUCCAAAACGGUGUCUCCACUGUAGCGCGUUUCUCCUUCAAGAUUUUCACCUUUAGUAACCACACAGAGAUUUUCUUGCACUGCAAUGUCCACUUGUGUCUCUUGAGAAACAACAACUGUGCAACUCACUGCUAUCCGGGACACCAUAACCGAUUCCAGAGGGACAUAUCUUACCGUGAUUCUGCAGCUCUAACGCUUGGACCACUAGUCCUUGGGGCCCAACAGAAGAAUGGUGCACUGAUCCAAAGAAAUGGUGCUUCAGGCUGUCUGACAUCAACUGUUACCCUGAUUUUCAGUUUACUGAUAGCCAGAAUUUUUGUGAAUUGAGAUCAAAAGAAAAUCAUACUUUAAGAUCUAGUAGAAUUUUAUUACUUGAUUGAUUUUUGGUUGGGGCAUUUUUUGGGUUUCUGGUAUAUACUCGUAAUCAGGUAAAAACAGAUGCAUCUAUUGAUAAAUGUAAAUCAAACUCUCAGGUGUAUUGGUUUACAAGGUAACAGCAUUUAUUGACUACAACAAAUUUUGAUUUGCUACAUAACAUUAGAAUUGGUGUCCAUAGAAUUUUGCUUCACAACAUCUGCAACACCAUUGAGUUUCAGACCAUUUGAGGGAUUUAUGGAAUAUUAUGUCUUUUAGUUUGUUUUGGGGAUUUUUUUUUGUGUCAUUAGUUCCUGGUAGUAUCAUGGAUAUUAACUACGGUUGUGGAUUUUAAGGCAGAUAUAUAGAGAACUAAUUAAUUUUCCCAGGAUUUUUUUUGAGUGUUGAAAUGAACUAAUAAGUAUGAUUUCGUCAAUAUCUUAAUUCUGUUUAACAAUGUUUUUGGAUGUGGGUAGAUGUA